AUGUCGCUUGACAAUAUCCGUACAUGUUUCCUGGCGUUGAGCGCCACCAUAAAGAAUCAGCGGAAAUGGAACGUUGAUGCAGUGUAUAGUGAUCUUGCAGUGCUAGGGCUGUUGAUAGUGACAGAACUGGGGAAAAACAACGUGAUGGUAACAGGGACGGUGGCAGAUGAGACCCAGACAGCAACAACAAUGGAGCUGCAACAACGUCUGCAUUUCCUCGUCCUCCUCGCACUCUCCCUUUCCGCUGUCUUCUACUUCGCCUACUUGGUUCUCCUGCUGACGAGGGAGCAGAGGAGCAAUCUCGCCCUCCUGUAUCCUGUGGCCUUCGUGGUCGCGGUGUCCUGCGGGGUCUGCACGGUGAAUAGCCUGGGGGCGAGGGGGCGAUGGCAAGGAGAAGGCUGGACUCCUGCAGGAAAGGGUGUGAGGGAGAAGGAUUGUGUUGUGUUUGUGUAUUGUGUUGCGUAGUGUGUUGUGUGUGAGUGUAAGUGUGUUUGUGUAUUGUGUUGCGUAGUGUGUUGUGUGAGUGUAAGUGUGUUUGUAUAUUGUGUUGCGUAGUGUGUUUUGUGAGUGUACGUGUGUUUUUGUUUAUUGUGUUGUGUAGUGUAAGGGUGUUAUGUGUGUGUUUGUGUUGUAUUGUGUGUGUAUAUCUUGUGUUUCUGUUUGUGUUGUGUUGUGUGUUUGUUUUGUGUUGUGUGUGCGCAUUUAUAUUUAUAUUUGUGCUUGUGUUGUGUUGUGUGUGUGUCUUGAAUGUUACUGUUACAUUAAUUAACUAAAAACGUAGAAGAACUUGGUUGUAUUAUUGUACUGAUUGUGAUGCUGGUGCUAUGAAUGCAAGUCACUCUGUUUAUCUUCUGCCGUUACUGGAGUCGUUAAUGUUACACCAGCAUGUAAUUGUUUUAAUUUUUAGACUAAUAAUGAUUUACUGCUUCAGUUUUCAUUUAGGAGUAAUAACGACAUGUCUUUGUAAUAAAUAAAGAAUGUUAAAUUGUAUCUUUAAACUAAUAUAUCAAAUAUAUCUAAUUGAUCUUUGCCUUUUCAUAAUACUUUCUAUCACUGUCAAUAUUUCUUCACCGAUAUCUAGAGUGACUAAGAUCAACAUUGGCACAAUAACUCAUUAAAGUUUGACACAACAGCAAUACAAAGGCACAUUGACUUCAUUAACUAG